AUGUCAAAUACCCUAAUCCCUACUAUGCUCUUGUUGAGAAAAAUGGAACAAAUACUAUUUCACGUGCCACAAAUAGCAUCAUUUAAACCGGAAAGUCGGAAUGACAAUGCGCUUCUCUCUACUAACAAGUACCUUUUUUACAUUUUGCAACAGAAUAUAUGCACUAAUGAAGAGAAACACCAUUAUAAGGGAACCAUGAACGGGACCAUACAUAUUGUUGCUGGUGGUGGUGGGGCAAGCCUUUCAACAUUUACCUCCCUCAAAACCAAAUGGAGCAUAUUUAAAGACUAUGACUAUGGGUUUGUAAAACUAACUGCUUUUGAUCAUUCCAAUUUGUUGUUUGAGUACAAGAAGAGCAGAGAUGGGAAGGUUUACGACUCCUUCAAAAUAUCACGGGAUUAUAGAGACAUAUUGGCCUGCACCAUGGAUAGUUGCCCAAGCAUAACAAUAGCAUCUUGA